AUGGUUCAAAGUUUCUAUUCUACUGAAUCCAACACCAAGGACGCCACUGGGUCUAACACUAAGCGGCGCUGCACAAAACCAGUGCAAAUCGCAAUUGUCGUUACUGCUGUGCUACUGAUUGCUGGUAUUAUCAUAGGAGCGUUAGCAGCUACCGGCACGUUCUCAAGUUCAUCUUCUAGUGCUUCCGCACAGGGGUCUGUACAAUCUGAAGCACCCACAACCAGUCUGCCACAGAGCACCGAGCCUAUUUCAUUCACCGAAGUGACUCCACCAUUACCGAGUGCCACUUCCCCUUUGCCUACGCCGCCUUCAGAAUCAGAAAUUGCUCAGAUGAAGCCGCGAAUUGAGGUCCUGGAGAAUCUGACAGUGUCUUGGGCGGAGUGGAGGGCCCAAUGCGGCGAUGGAGUAUGUGGAGAGGGUGAGUGGUGCAGAACAUGUCCGCAGGACUGCCCAUGCACCGCGAUACCUGGAAAUGGUGUGUGCGAGGACGGAGAGAACGGAGUGACAGAUCCAGACGAUUGUCUCAAAAUGAAUAGCGUGUGCGGGAACGGUAUAUGCGAGGACUGGAGUAGUAUGGGGUACCACAACUUCUAUGAGUCACCAUACAACUGCCCUAUCGAUUGCCCGCUUGAAGAGGAGUGUGGUAACGGGAUUUGCGAAUCUACAGAAAGUUGUUUCAGAUGCUCAGUGGAUUGCGGUGUUUGCGCGCCCACGUGCGGCGAUGGUGAGUGCAAUGAGUCAGUCGGAGAGACCUGUACAACAUGCAAACGCGACUGUGGCUUGUGUGAAGCAAUCAGCAACGACAACAUCUGCGCAUGGCCAAAAGAAACCAGCGGGACGACACCAUCAGAUUGCAUCCCUGCAAACAUUCAGAAUAGCGUUGUGAUGCCCUUUGGCGUGAUAUAUGCGACACUAGGCGAGACUUCUCCCGAACAGGUUCCAUACGAAGAUAGUGAUUGUGAUAGCACCGAAACUUAUUUACCUAAUGGGUGGAAAAUAGCUGACAACAAUCAACAUAGCAAGGAGGUGGCCGCAGCUUAUCCUUUCGCAACACCCUGUGUUGUCCUUAGUGACGGUACAGUGCUAACGACAAAAGGGAGCAACGCGACAUAUUGUCAUCCAGUCCCACUCGUGAUCACGACUCACAGCGAUCGUAGGGUUUCAGUGCAGUUUCUUACAGAACUCUGUCCGGCAAGAAUCUUAAUUGAGCAGAUUGACAGCGUGCUGAGAGCACCGGGAUUCACUGCUAAAGCAUGUCCGGCAAAUUGUAAUGGUCAUGGAUCGUGCGACCCAAUCAAUGGAAAGUGUACCUGCGAUAGUCGUUAUACCGGAACCGAAUGUGGCCGUAUAAUGGGCGACAUAUCUAUCCCGGCGAACCUUGAAAAUGUAGAGAGGUUCAGGCCCCAAAAAGGAAUCAGAUGGCAGUGGCAACUGCAGGAUACAAUCGACGAGUCUCAUGAUGUCCCACUAUACGAUGUCGAUAUCGACACGCCAGCUAGCACAAUUGCUUCUCUCCAUGCGGCAGGGCGUAAAGUGAUGUGUUAUUUUUCAGCUGGAAGUUAUGAAGAUUGGCGAAUGGAUCGAGCCCUAUUUCCUGAAUUCAUAAAAGGCGGGCCUCUUAUGUUUGGAGAGGGCGACGUAUUUACUGAUGAGGCAUGGUUGGAUAUACGCCGGAUUGAUAUUAUCGCGCCGAUUAUGAUGGAUCGUUUAGACGCUGCAAAGGCAAAAGGAUGCGACGCUUUGGAAUUCGAUAACCCAGACGUUAUAAUUCACGAGCAUGGACUAGAGGGCAAUAUUGAUCUGACUCUGCAAUUGCAAUUUGAUAUAUGGGGUGUUAGACAGGCACAUGCACGAGGCAUGUCCGUGGCACUAAAGAAUUCGAAUGAGUUUGCAUUCCUCCUAAGUGACACUUACGAUAUGGUGGUAAAUGAAGAAGCCUUCAUCAAUGGAAAUAUUGAUAAUUACUGGCCCUUUCUCCACAGGAAUAAACCAGUGCUGAACACCGAGUAUUUUACAUCGAGGUGCUUUUAUUGUGCCACUGCUAAAGCAAUGGGCGUAUCAACUAUUAAGAAGAGACCGGAUCUCGACAGUUGCAUGGUAGAUUGCACGAUGGAUAUACCCUUGAGUGUUACAUCUGUUUGUGAUGAUAUUGGAUUCCACACAGCAGGUAAAGCUAAAUUUCCAGCAAAUGCGGAUGGUUGGUGCCCAAUGACAGAAAAUACGGACAUCGCAGAGUGUGCAAAUACCCGAUUUGGGGAAUGCGAGCCAUCUUAUGGGUACUAG